UAGAUGCAAGAAUUUGCAUAACAAUUUUCUUUUAACUGGAAGGGAGUGUUCUGUUCACUUCCUUUGAGGCUUUCAUUUAUUUUUGUAUCUCAAGAAUAUUCCAGUUCAGAAUCGGACCUUUAGUUUCUGCCGCUUUACAACGAGUCCAACAGUGUUCUUGCAAGCAAUCUUGUGGCUUAGCUUUAGGCAGGAAAUGGAGCCUCAAAAGCACAGCCUUGUUGGGAGGUUAUGUGGCAGCUCAAUUAGCCACAUGAGAAGAUUUCUGUUUGAUGUUCUGUCUGCUGGUCCAAUCCCCAACCAUGUUGCCUUCAUUUUGGAUGGAAACAGAAGGUAUGCUAGGAAAUGGAAGUUGGGAGAAGGAAUGGGACAUAGAGCUGGAUUUCUCUCCCUCAUGUCCUUGAUCAAGUAUUGCUAUGAGUUGCAGAUCAAGUACAUCUCCAUUUAUGCAUUCAGCAUUGAUAAUUUCAAAAGAAAGCCUCAUGAGGUCAAGUGUUUGAUGGAUUUGAUGCUGGAGAAGAUUGAAGGGAUGCUCAAGGAAAAGACUAUAGUGGAAGAAUAUGGGGUGAGGGUGUACUUUAUAGGGGACUUGAAACUUCUGGAUGAUAAUGUCAGGCAUGCAGCUGAACAGGCAAUGAAAGCCACAGCGAAGAACAGCAGGAGCAUUCUCCUCAUCUGCGUUGCUUAUACUUCGACUGAUGAGAUAGUGCAUGCUGCUCAAGAAUCUUGUGAACAGCUGUGCGAUGAAUUGCAAGCACUAAAACCAAGUGAGGCUCCAUUUGGGAAGAUAAGCGAUGAAUUGCAAGCACUAAAACCAAGUGGAGCUCCGUUUGGGAAGAUAAGCGAGGAAUUGCAUGAGAUGGUGCAUGCUGCUCAAGAAUCUUCUGAACAGCUGGGCAAUGAAUUGCAAGCACUAAAACCAAGUGGAGCUCCAUUUGGGAAGAUAAACGAGAUAGCGAAAGAAAAGCUAAGUGGAACUCCAUUUGGGAAGAUAAACGAGAUAGCGAGAGAAAAGCUAAGUGGAGCUCCAUUUGGGAAGAUAAGCGAGAUAAUGAAUGGAAAGGAGGAGGAGAAACCUGAAGAAAGGGAGCAAGGGGAGGCAAAUGGCGAAAAGCGGGAGGAUAAAAGUGAAGAAAAGAGCAAGGAACCGAGCGAAGAAGAAAAGCACGAGGAAUUGGGCAAAGAAAAGCAGGGGGAUUUCCCCAACGGGGAAAAGCUGGAGAAUGCAAGUGAAGAAAAACAGGAGUUGAGCAAUGGAAAGCUGGAGGAGAAGAGUGAAGAAGAGCAGAAGGGUUUUGUCAAAGAAAUGAAGGAGGUUCAACCAAAUAUAAAGCUAUCAGAUAUUGAGAGGAACAUGUACAUGGGAGUGGCACCUGAUGUGGAUAUUCUGGUAAGAUCUUCAGGGGAAACUCGGCUUAGCAAUUUCCUUCUCUGGCAGACAUGGAAUGGCCUGUUGUAUUCACCAAAGGCUCUUUGGCCCGAGGUUGGUUUGGAGCACCUUGUCUGGGCUAUACUGAAUUUCCAGAGAGCUCAUCCACUUUUUGAGAAGAGAAAGAAGCAAUUUUGAAAAGCUUCAAGCAACCUAAGCUGCAUCUUCUGCUUUUCGUCCGGAGUUCACAAAAAUUCACAGGUAAUGAUGGUACAAGAACGCUACUCCGAAUUCGAUCUGGAAAUUAUUGAUUCUUGUCAUUUCAAUUGUCCACCCCAGAUACUUGUAGCAAUAAUAACGAAUGACUACUACAACCCAAUCCCUCUGCUACUCUUAUGACUUCAUUUCCAUGCUAAUUUGAUGCUUUGCUGAUUAUUUACGCAUACAUCCUCAAAACUGUAGGGUUGGUGGUUGAAGGUUGCAUCCUUCUUUCUGAGAUUUCUUAAACUUGUCUUUCUCGACGGUCGCAUCUUGGUAUUUAAAAGAAGAAAAAAAACAAAAAUUGUCA